AUGGCAGCCAGUUUCAGUGUUAUGGUUUCUACAGCUGAAAAAAAAGAUCACAUGCAAGAGCAAUUUGCAACCUGGGAAUCGCUAGCAGUCUCGGGUUGGCUGAACAAAAUGAGUGAAUUAAGUGAUAGGAAACUAACAAUUAUUUCAGCCAAGCAGUAUCCUGGUGUGUUCGAGGGGGAAGGCCAUCAGAGUGAUGCUGAAGACAUGAAGAACUGGAUGGAUUCAGUGCAGGAGAUCCUCAGACCUGUGCCAGUUACAUUAGAGGCAUCAACAGCUCAGGUUCCUGACCUGAAGGUGACUAGUCUUUCUCCAGAAAGAAAGUUGAUUGAUAUGGAUAUGUACUCUACCUUGCCAGAACACAUUCUCCAGACAUGGUCUCCAGCAGCAGAAAGUAUCUUGACAGCAGAUGCAGCAGCCAUAAAACAAAGCAGCUCAGAUCACACUCAAACUUUAUUGCAAGAGAAUCUGGGAAGUCAGCAGGACACGGGCAGUGGGGAUACAUCUUUGCAAUCUGAAAAUAUCCCAGCCAUGGACAUUAGCCCUAGCACUAAGGUUGCUUCUGUACCACAAAAUAUAGUAGAAGUUGUAGAGAUGCCGACAAUUGCUCCAGAAAGCCUUAGCAUGGAGAAAGCCUUCUGGGGUGCAGGGGAUGAAAUAAAAAGGGAAACUCCUGAAAUCCCAGGUUUGGACACUAGAGUUGAGAUUCAUGGCAGAAAGCAGAUUACUCAAGAGCAGGUUACUAUGGAGAUAGACGUUGCCAAUGUUUUACAGAGAGAGCAGACAACAUUAAUGGAGGAUGAGCAAUACAAAGCAGAUAUAUGCCCUGAAAAUGCCUCUGGAGUAGAAUAUAGUUAUCAUUCUGAGAUGCCUCAAGAACUUGAUCAUGAUGCUGUAAGUUGCAGCAUUCUUGUAUCUUCUGAGAAGCUAUUGACUGAAUCCUUUGAAGAGCCAACAUCACGCAGCAGUAGAGAGGAAGACGAGCUGCACUCAGUGGACAACAACAACAAAGGAAACAUGCCAUUGGUGAGUGCACUAGGCACAAUCCAAAGCUAUGGCUCAGAAGUGGAUAUACCAACCCAACCACAUCCAAGUAAUACAAUAUCGCUGUUUAAGACAGAACAAGAAGCUGGAGCUCAGGACACCAUGGAGACUCCUGAGAAAAAUGUUGCUGAAGACAUUUGUCAGACAGUUUCAUAUUUUAAUAAUAUGGCAGCUACGUUAAAAAAUGGACACAUGACUGCAUCUUAUGGACUAGAAGAUAGCAAGUCAUGGACCUCUGAUGUGCAGUAUGACAGCUUUAAUUAUUAUUCAGCAGAAAAAGAUGUCUUAGGUUUUAGAAGUGCGACACUUGAAGAUACAGUGACUUCAGCAGCUGACUUCCAAUGUGAGGAACUUAUAAAUGCUCCUGAAAACAUCAGAGAAGUGGAUGAUGGGUCUGGACUUCUGCAAGAUGUUAGAAAAGAUGAAAGUUCCAGUUGUAUUUCAAAUAUAUGGCUACCUAGUCAGUCACCUACUAAAAGCUUAAAUAAUGAGGAAACUAAAGAGAAGCCAAAAUAUGAUCAAGUCUGCUUGGAAAAGUCUGAGACUGAUAAUGAUGCAUUCAUGUUGACCUGGACCUCAGAAAAGAAAAAUGCUGAUUCAAGUCCAUUUGAAGUUCCCAGAGAAGAAGAACAUAGUUCAGAAUCAUCUGUAAGAUUUCAGCAGGCUGUCUCCAUUUCCUUUAGAUUUUUCGGCUUCACUGUAUUCCUGCUGUUGGGAUGUAUUGAUUACACAGCACUGCUACCUUUUGUGCUUUACUUAAUAGCAUUAUGGUUCUUCUAAGCACAUGUGUUUUUCUCUGCAAACAUAACUUGCAGUGAGAGUACACUUUUGAGUUUCCAUGGUAUACCAUGCAGGUAAAUUUGUUUACAGGCAGGGAUAUCUCUAAAAAGGGAUUUAUUGCAUUGCAUACUGCAUGUUCCACAAAACUAUGAUCACAGGUUCCUAGAAUUGUUCCUGCAUAUUGGGAUGUUAGCUUAUGGUGGGAUUUCUUCUAUACAUCUGGAUCUUAUGAGAUCAGGUGAGCUGGUCUAAGAUUUCAACUUAUGAAGUAUAUCAUGGAACUCAAGCUAAGAUGUAAUGCAACCAUUUAGUGCUAAAAGGGAAAUGAAGAAACAGACUGCAAGCUUAGCAAAGUUGUUAAGCAAGCUUUUGUGACCCUGCAUCAAGUUAGUCUUCAUUGCUGCAACCAAUCAGUCAAGCUUCCAUCACAAUAACCAUAACUAAAGCCUUUGAUGCACUUUGCAAAUUAACCGUAGGUAGACUCACAGCCAUUAAAAUAGGAAAUAUUUAAUAAUACAUUAUGCAAAGAACCUUAAUGAUUACCUCUGUUGACUUCAUAUAAGCUUUUUAUUUUUCCUGUGCAUGCUGCCAGGUUUUUGCCAUGCGUGGUUCUCUUUUCUUCAUUCUGUUACAAAGAAAGAUGUGCAAAACAGGCAUAAUGUCAUCAGCUGCUGGUGCUUUCAUUCUGAUGUUCUGAUGAAUAUUCUCACUUCCAAUUACUUGCCACUAGAAUGCUAUCCAAACAUCAUACCAUAGAAAAUGUUCUAAAAAAAUCAUAUAACAUCAUACCAUCUUUCAUAAGUUUAUAGGCGUGUACUAGGCUAAUGAUCAUAAGGGCCAUUUUAAGUCGAACCAUGCAUCCCAAAUCAUUGACAA